ACAAAAUGGACAUGGGUAGCAAGGAGGUCCUGAUGGAGAGCCCACCGGAUUACUCAGCAGGCCCCAGGAGCCAGUUCCGCAUCCCCUGCUGCCCCGUGCAUCUCAAACGCCUUCUCAUUGUGGUUGUGGUGGUGGUCCUUGUUGUCGUCGUGAUUGUAGGGGCCCUGCUCAUGGGCCUUCACAUGAGUCAGAAACAUACUGAGAUGGUCCUUGAGAUGAGCAUUGGAUCACCGGAAACUCAGAAACGCGUAGCCUCGCGUGAGCACAUGGACACCGUCGCUACCUUCUCUGUGGGCUCCACUGGGACCGUUGUGUAUGACUACCAGCGGCUCCUGACUGCCUAUAAGCCAGCUCCAGGAACCUAUUGCUACAUCAUGAAGAUGACUCCAGAGAGCAUCCCCAGUCUUGAGGCUUUCGCUAGAAAAUUCCAGAACUUCCAGGACAAGCCCUCCACACACACCUCUAAGCUGGGCCAGGAAGAAGGGCAAGAUGCUGGUUCCGAUUCUUCCGGGAGAGACCUGGCUUUCCUAGGCCUUGCUGUGAGCACCUUGUGUGGAGAACUACCAUUGUACUAUAUCUAGCACCCCUCCGAGUCGGUAGAAACCGCAGGGGGACAGGAAAGACCCUCCGCAAAGGGUCUUUGGCAGACAAGCAGGAAGCUGCUCCUGCCCAGAAGAAGGUGGAAGUCUGUAGAGGAAAGGUGUCUCCCCUGGGCCAGGGGAUCCUACCACAAAAGAAUAAAGCAGCACGAUUGAAAAA